CGCGGAUAAAAAGGGGGUGGUAGUUGACACCAGUUGCAGACAGUAUGUGAGCCAUGGAUAUAAGAACAGUAAUAUUUUUGUUUAGUGUCUUUGUGUUUUUCACUUGCCAUUCGUGGGCCCAAGAUCAGUCCAUUACUGAUUGUGAAGCGGAAUGGAAUGUGAACGUGACCUGGGAUAAAAUGUUCGUCGUGCAGUGGUCUGGGUUAGAAAGAAAAGCAGAUGUUCGAAUCAAGGUUAGUGCUGACUCUUCAAGGUGCACCUUAAAAGACUCAUGGUUUCCAGCUCCGUUUUCCGAAAGGUUAUUGAAGAUACCGCUGUCAUGUUCAAAUUCUGAACAUGAAUUUAUUGCUACAAUUUUCUGCAAUGAUACUGAGGUUAAUGAAAAAAUUAUUAAUGAUGUCUGGGCGCCGCCUGAUGCUCCUACGAAUAUCACUCUUGAAAACGCGACUGAAGAGAGCCUAGAUAUUGGGUGGGAAGCACCAUUUGGAAAUGUGAUUGAAUAUAAAGUUUGGUUAGAAGCAGGGGCCUCGAAACACGAAUAUGCAAGUAAGGAUGCUUCGAUUAAUAUAACUGGCUUAUCUCCAUAUACAGAAUAUACCGUCCGAGUCCAGGCUAAAAAUCACCUCUGGAGUGAAUUAUCAGAUGCUUUGAAAACGCGUACUGAAGAGGGAA